AUGGGACAGCUUCCCGCGCGUCGCGUUACCCCCUCCCGAGCGUUCUUGCAUUCCGGUGUAGACUACGCCGGACCUUUCAGCGUAAAAACUAUCCGCGGUCGAGGAGGUAAAAUCUUUAAGGGAUACAUUGCGGUGUUUAUCUGGUUUUCCACCGGCGCGAUCCAUCUUGAGCUGGUUUCCGAUUAUUCCGCGGAAGCGUUCAUCGCAGCGUACAAGCGAUUCAGCGGCCGUCGCGGAAUACCGGCCACCAUCACUAGCGAUUGCGGAACGAACCUAGUCGGCGCCGAUAGGGAACUGCGUAGUCUGUGGAAAAAGGUCGCGAACUCGCUGGCUAACGACGGCACGGAAUGGAAAUUCAACCCCCCCUCGGCACCUCACUUCGGCGGCAAGUGGGAAGCCGCCGUAAAGUCGGUAAAAUUCCAUCUGCGUCACGUGAUCGGGAACACUGCACUUACUUUUGAGGAAUUCUCGACUCUCCUCUCGCAAAUCGAGGCGGUGCUGAAUUCACGACCGUUAUGUCCGUUAACAGAUGAUCCGUCCGAUAUCGGGGCUCUCACUCCUGGUCACUUCUUGACCGGAGCCGCGUUGACAACUGUACCUGAGCCGGACCUCUCGGACGUUCCCACUUCUCGCCUCUCGCGUUGGCAAUUGUUGAAGCAAUUCGUAGAUCACCUUUGGAUGCGAUAG